AAGUCAUCCUGAAAUAAAGAUGUUGGAUCAUAACAUAUUUAAUGGAAGAACUUUAAUAUAAGCUUAAGUCAAAUUGGUAGCAUGUCAAAGAAUAGUGAUGCAUUAUUAUGGUAUCAUGGCAAAAUUACACGUGAGGUUGCUGUGCAAGUUCUCCUUAGAAAGGGUGGUAGAGAUGGAUUUUUUCUGAUCAGAGAUUGUGGAAACGCUCCUGAAGAUUAUGUUCUCUCAAUGAUGUUUAGAUCUCAAAUAUUGCAUUUUCAAAUAAACUGUUUAGGUGAUAAUAAGUUUUCAAUUGACAAUGGACCAAUUUUCCAAGGUCUCGAUAUGCUUAUUUCUUAUUAUAAAGUAAUUUCAGAUGGUCUUCCAUGCAAAUUGGUAGAUUUUUGUGUAGGUAAAAUUGCUCCUUUAUAUGCGUUAAAAUAUGGAUUAGAUACAAGACUUCAUUUAGCUUGCGAAGAAAAAAAUCCUAAUACAGUAAAAGAACUUUUACAAGAUUCUGUUAUAAAAGAAAAUGUCAAUGCUAGAAGUAUUUCAGGAUUAACUGCUUUACAUAUUUCAUGUUCUAAUGGCGAUAAUGAUAUUGUGGCAAUGCUUUUAAAUGCAGGAGCAGAUGCAUCAGCAAUUGACGCAAACGGUCGAACUCCAGUUCAGGUUGUUUGCUUUUAUAAUCAUGCUUCGACGCUUCAUCUUCUAAUAUCUAAAGGUUCUGCUGAUUUUCUUAAAAGAUCCCCAAAUAAUGGAUGGGUCCCGCUCCAUGAAGCUGCAAUGAGGGGGAGCUUGGAAUGUAUUAAAGUUUUAUUAUCAUUUAAUGCAUCUAUGUAUCCAAGAAGCUUGGAUGGUGAUACACCAAGAGAUUUAGCGCUUCAAUAUGAGAAUUACAAUGUUGUGGAGUUCUUCGAUAAUUAUCCAGUAAACCAACCAAAAACAUCUAUUACACAAUGGUUACACCAGAAUCUAGACAGAAACGGGGCUUUGAUUAUUUUACAAAAUGCUUCAAUGGCUGAUGGAAGUUUUCUUAUAAGAAGCAGUAUAAAAUGUCAUGGAUAUUAUGUUUUGACACUUGUAUAUGAAAAAAAGACUUACCAUUUUCAAAUUAAAAGCAGGGCUGACAGAUGGUUUUAUAUUGAUGAUGGUCCAUUGUUUGAGACCUUGCCUCAUCUAGUUGAUCAUUAUAUGCAAUAUGCUGAUGGCUUGCCUACAUUACUACGAUUUCCUGUUCCCAGUGCUGAAAAUAGGAAACGUCCUCUUCCUCCUACUCCAACUAAAAACCAACUCAAGCUUCCUGUACCUCCUUCGAGACCAAUCAAAAAUAACAAUGGACUGCCACAGCCUUUGCCGUAUCCUGAGUUUACAAAUGAAAGUGACUCUGAUACAUUUACUCGUUUGGAAUGUGAAAAAGAAAAACCGUUGCCUAAAUUACCUCGUCCAGUUGUUAAUCACACUGAGGUACCAAAUAGUGUAAAUGUAGGACAAAAGGGUGAUCAAACAAUGAAAAACAAUGCACAACAAAACAUUAUAUUAAAAGAAUCAAUAAGCUUUGGUAAGGAGCUGGGAGUUGGGGAGUUUGGUUCAGUUAUUAAAGGAAUAUGGCUGAGUCCAGGAGGAAAAGAGAUUAAUGUUGCCAUGAAAACUUUACAUAAAGACAAAAUGGUGCAAGGUGAAAAGGAAUUUUUAAGAGAAGCUCUUGUCAUGUCACAGCUUAAUCAUCCUUGCAUUGUGUCUUUGUUAGGUGUUUGUUUGGGUCCUCCAAUGAUAUUGGUACAAGAGUUGGUUGAAAUGGGCGCUUUACUGGAUUAUUUAAUGGAUUACCAACCUGAGAUACAAGAAGUUGAUUUAAAAUUAUGGGCAUCUCAAAUAGCUUUUGGUAUGAUGUAUUUGGAAUUAAAAAGAUUUGUUCACAGAGACCUGGCUGCAAGAAAUAUAUUAUUGGCCAACAAAAAACAGGUAAAAAUAAGUGACUUUGGACUUUCUCGUGCUGUUGGCACUGGAAGUGAUUAUUAUCAGGCUAAACAAGGCGGUCGAUGGCCCGUUAGAUGGUACGCGCCGGAGUCGAUAAAUUACGGUACUUUUUCCACGAAGUCUGACGUUUGGAGUUAUGGCAUUACUCUAUGGGAAAUGUUUACGUUUGGCGAUUUACCAUAUGGAGAAAUGACGGGAAAUGAGGUUGUUAGUUUUUUGGAGCAUGGUGGCCGAUUAGAAAAACCAGAUGAAUGUCCUAUUCACACUUACUCAAUUAUGUUGUCAUGCUGGCAUAUUGACCCUAACAAACGUCCUACAUUCAAUGAGCUGCAUUCUACAUUUUCAACUGAUCCAGAAUACGAAGAUGUGAGAAUAUACCGGGACCGGAUAAAAUAGUCUAAUUCAUUUUAUUCAGAAUCUAUUUAUGAAAUUUGAUACAAACCUUAAGUAUAGUCUAAAUUACUUUUCUGAUAAUAUUUUUUAUAUUUUUUAUAAAUCAUUUCUUUUAAUAAUAUCAACGCAUUUUUUCUAAUAGAAUAUUUGUAUUAUUUUAUGAUUUUUGUAGUGAAUAUUUUUUCUAUUAUUAUUAUUUUGUAAAUAUCUUAUGUUGUUAAUAAUCAAAAUAGUUUUAAUACAAAAAUCUAAUGAG